GACCCUAAAAAGACAUGAGAAGAAGAAUGUAGGUUCCUCUGGAAUAUGAACGACCUACGAAGGACACGUAAAAAGGCCUAAACCUAAAUUAAAAAGCCUUAUUUUGGGCAAAAUGGAAACCCGGGACCACGACUACACCAGCACCACUUAUAUUAAUGUCAGCCCCGCGGACAAUACAUAUAAAAUGACUUCUAAAGAAACCGAAGACUUUGUGAAGCUCAGGGUUUUGAAUGAUAACCUCUUCUCUGGAAAAAGAAACACUACCAUGACGGCAUGGAGAGCAAUCCUCAAGCAAAUGGGAUUACAACACAAGAUGACCCACCGUCAAGCGUCCAAAAAGUGGGAAAACCUGAGAAAGAAACACAAAGAGCUGAAGAACCCUCCAGAUGGGGUAACGGUGUUCCCCAAAAUGUGGCGUCACUUUAGACUGAUGGAUGAAGCCAUAUUGCGGCUGGAAGGCAGUGCCCAUUUGCUUAAUGGUUUACCCCACAAUAAAGACAAAUGUAACUUCUUACCCUUCUCCAAACCGAAGAAGAGGACGCUGUCAACAUUGUACCCUGCAACCUCCGUAGAAGAGGGGCCCGAAAUAGAAGUUACAUUGAGCGGAGAUGACGAGGAGGUCUUGCAGGAAAGACGCCAGGACAUGAAUCGCGUCAUGCAAGAGGUGGAGGACGAGUGGAACGUCAUGGAGAGUGAAAAACGGGUGAUUAAAAGGGAAAAAGGGUUGAUCGAAAGAGAGCGGCUGGUGCUGCAGAGGGAGAGGGCGGUGCUGGAUCGGGAGGCGGCCACUCUGGAGCGAGACCGAGCCUCGUUGGAGCGAGAGAAGGUGACAUUUGAGCGGGAGAAGGACGGGUUGGAGAAGGAGAGGGUGAUGGUCGAGAGGGACAGGGAUGAUUUGCGCAGAGAGCGCCAGGCUUUGGAACGCGAGAAAGCCAGACUGGAGAGACUUUUUAUUCCGAAAGGCAUCGCCGAGGUUGCCGAACACGGCGGCAAAGACGCCCAUGUUGCGGACAUGAACAGGAAGGAGCGCUUCCUGUAUUUGUUUGAAAAACUUGUUGAAGACUUUUAAGAGAAUCACAAAGCAAUGUUUUAAAGGUCCAUUGUGUAAGAAAUAGUGACAUCUAAUGGUGAGACUGUGGACUGUAACACCCUCAUUUUCCUUAGGCUUUCAGGGAUCUAUGGUGGCCUUCACAUACCAGAAAGGAUGGCGUUCUUCUUCCUUUGCGCAGUAAGUUUGUGCUUCACAAUGUGAGACACACACUUUGUCAUUUUGGGCUGCUGUAGGAACAAGGUGGCACAAGAUGGCAGAAUCCCAUAGACUAUGUGGUAAAUGAAAAUGGAUGUAAUCUUCUAGAGAUUUGACCAAUGCCAUGAAAUAAAUUACUUUAAUCAACCUAAAAUUAGCGUUUGAGACAUUGUCUCAGGGAAAAAAAGCUGAUUUUGUCAGGUGAGAAUUAAAAGCUUAUUUUCCCCAUAGAAUUUUAUUUUUGCUAUUAGCGGAGUCUAUCCCUAGUGGCCUCACUUUUAGACUACAUCAAUUUUAAUAUAUGUAGUCAGUGCGGCCUCUGUAAAGCGAGACCCUGGCCGCCAAAGUGAUUAUACACUUACACAAACCUAUGUGGUACACAUUGGACCAAAACGUUAAUCUGCAUAAACAGAAGCAGCUUAAAAUCCACAGUAAUACGUGCACCUAUGAGUUGUCAAUGAAAACGUUGAGCCACUCUUGGUUCAGAGAGGUCUUCAAAACAACUUUAUUCACUUGUGGUUAUUCCAUACAGAGCACACAACAGCAAGCUAUUAGCAUUAUUUUUAACCCCAUCCACAAUCAAAAUCAACAGCCCCCCCCUCCCCCCCAGUCUUUGGUAUAUGGUUAAAACAUCACUUCUUGAAAUGUGAUCUACCAAAUAUUACAGUUCAUGUAAAAAAAAAAAAAGAAAGAAAAUUUCUUCAGAAUAUAUAUUUUUUUAUAUUACAGUACAGACUUUACAACAAGUGACUUUAUUGAAAUGCUUCUUUUAUUGCAUUAGAUAUUCCAUUUACCUUCCAUUAAGCUCCAGCUUCAACAUGUUUAUGCCAGUAAAUAUUGAAUUUUCCUAAAGUGUUAGAAUUGUCGUUAAUAUUAAUAUAACCCCCCGCCCCCAUUUAAUUUUUACAAAACAAACAAUAUUACUUUGCCAUUACAUGUUUUGGAGGAUCUUUUAAUAAACUGGUUUCUCUGAA